AUGCAAGCCGCAGCUUCCAGCUCCGGCUUCACGCACUCACUCCGCAGCCUUGGGUGGCGCGGCCUCAGUCGCGGCUUCGUGCUGAGCCUGGCUUGGGCGUGUCCGCAAGGCGCCAUACGCAUGGCCAGCUACGAAGCGUGCAAGGAGACCCUCUUGGACAAAUUCUCUUUCAGGCCUUUUGGGAUUGCUGUUUCUGCUGUCUCUGCAGACUUUGCGAGCAGCGUGGUGAAGGUGCCGCGGGAGUUGAUCACGCAACGAAUGCAGACUGGUCAGUACAAGUCCAGCUGGCAGGCCGUACGCGGCAUCUUUCGGGAAGGUGGCGUUACAGGCUUCUUCCGAGGAUACGCUUCUACUGCUUCUCGCGAUACUCCGUUCAUGCUGCUGCUCUUCCUCUCCUACGAGCAGUUCAAGUCUUGGAAGAUUCGUCUCACUUACUCGCAGCAGGGGCCCGCUGAAAUCUUCGCCCCGUGGUCCGAUGCAGAGACCGUUCUUUGGGGGGGCAUCUCUGGCACUCUUGCAGCUUGGUUGACCACUCCCUUCGAUGUCAUCAAGACGCGGAUCAUGACCUCCAAGAGUCCCCUCUCCUUCCACGAGGCUUUGAGAGAUGUGAGAGCCAUCGGGCCCACGGGGCUCUUCCGUGGAGCCGGGCCUAGAAGUGCCUGGUGGUUCUGCGUAAGUUCUGUGUUUUUUGCGAGCUACGAGCGGUUGAGAGCUGUUCUGCAGCAGCACGUGGACCCGGGCUGA